CCGGCCUCUGAGCGCCCAGGAGCGGCUGUUCUCACAGAAUCCUCCCGGGACGAAGGUGGACUUUCCCCGGGUUCAUUCAACACCUUUUAGCUACGGAGGAUCUGAACGGUCAGUUAACUUUUUUUCCCACCCAGUUUGAGGAAACUAUUCCGCUCUGGUCUCUUUGGUGAUGCCUCCAGACUGGAGCUGCUCCGGGACGCACCCAAACCAAACAGGUGCACCUCUGAUACACCACCAAAGAGUUAGUGGAAGCUUUUUACGCGCAAAGAUGAAGGAAAACUGAUCGCAGUUAAAGUUGAUAUUUUCGCUUUUUUUGUCAAAAACCAGGGAUGGAUCGAUCAUUUUGGAACCAUUUCGAAGUCACGGGUUAGACAGAAUCACACGAUGCUGCUUCCAUUUUCGGGGUUUCUGUGUUUGUGGCUGUGCAGCGAGGCCUUCGCGACUCAGAUCCACAAAACAAAGCCGACUUUCAGCCCUCACUUUGCAUCCACAGCCGCUGAGAGGAGUGCGCAGAGCCGGAGAUGGCGCACAGUAACCGGGGAGGACAAUGAGAGGACGGGCGGUGCAGAGCCCUCGGGGCUGGAGACUGUAAAUCUGUCACCCUCUGAGCUGCUGGGGACACAGACACCCGGGCGCGCUGUGCGUAAAAGCGACGCGCAAAACGGAGAGCGUGUUCACGAAGCUUUACGCACGGAUAUAAACAAACCCAAUGAGAGUAGUGGGUGCAAACAGGGAGAAGUGAUUGGAACAAAACAUGGAAGCACUUGUAACUUGACAAGGAUUGGACACAACAGGCGGCACAGGCGGUCACCCUCUGUGCCGUUUGGAUCACAGGUGCGUAAAAGCGACGCGCAACACGGAUCGCAGCACAUCCUACGCGAACGGGAAGCUUUACACACGGCUAUAAAGACGCCUGAUGUGAGUAAUGGAUGCAAACCGGGAGAAGUGCUUGAAAAAACCCAACAUGGACGCACGUUUCGGCAGAAGCGAAGCGCGAAACGCAGCAGAAGGAAGCGAAGUGACGCGGACGAAGCCUCCAUGGCGCAGGAACAAGAGGCCGAACCCCCCUUAAACUCCACGGACUAUGAGGUGGAGGAAGAGUAUUCUGUGCCGGACUAUCCCGACACCACUCCGGUGAUCCCACGCACGCGCCGGAAGCAGCUGAAGAACCCUUUCUACCCGGUGACCGCGGAGGCGUGCGGCGCGUACGCGAUCCUUAUCUUCUCCGCGCUCAUCUUCAGCGUGGGCAUCAUCGGGAACGUGUCUCUGAUGUGCAUCGUGUGUCACAACUACUACAUGAGGAGCAUCUCCAACUCGCUGCUGGCCAACCUCGCGCUCUGGGACUUCAUCAUCAUCUUCUUCUGCCUGCCGCUCGUGCUCUUCCACGAGCUCACCAAGAACUGGCUGCUGGGGGAGCUCUCGUGCAGGAUCAUCCCCUACCUGGAGGUGGCGUCUCUCGGGGUCACGACCUUCACUCUCUGCGCUUUAUGCAUCGACCGUUUCCGCGCCGCCUCCAACGUGCAGAUGUACUACGAGAUGAUCGAGAACUGGGCGUCCACCACCGCCAAACUGGCCGUCAUCUGGAUCGGCGCCUUGCUGCUGGCGCUGCCCGAGCUUCUGAUCCGACAGCUGGUGACGGAGGACAGCGACCCGCCAAACGUAGAGCCGUGCGAACGCUGCGUGGUUCGGAUCUCCACCGAUCUGCCGGACACGCUGUACGUCCUCGGCCUGACGUAUGAUGGCGCCCGUCUCUGGUGGUACUUCGGAUGCUACUUCUGCCUCCCCACGCUCUUCACCAUCUUCAGCUCGCUGCUCACCGCACGCAAGAUCCGACGCGCAGAGAGAGAGUGUGUUCGAGGCAGCAAGAAUAAGCAGAUCCAGCUGGAGAGCCAGAUGAACUGCGCGGUCGUGGCGUUGGCCAUCCUCUACGGCUUCUGCAUCAUCCCGGAGAACAUCUGCAACAUCAUCUGGGCGUACAUGGCGGCGGGAAUCCCUCGCAGGACACUGGACAUCCUGCAGCUGGUCAGCCAGAUGCUGCUGUUCUGUAAGUCUGCGGUGACGCCCGUGUUGCUCUUCUCGCUCUGCCAGCCGUUCACCAGAGCCUUCCUGGACUGCUGCUGCUGCUGCUGCGAAGAAUGCGGCACGUCGUCGCGCUCCGACACCGAAACCAGCGACAACGAGAACGAUAUCACCUCCGCCGAACUGGAGUUGUCUCCGUUUGGGACGCUUCGUGGGGAGCCGUCCACAUCCGCCUCCUGCAGCCACGUGGGGACGCACUGCUGAGGAGGAGGAGUCAACAGAUUCUGGGUCCUUAUAGAGUGGUGCAGGAAAGGAAUGAGUCCUAAAAAAGACUUUGACUGCGACUGACUUUGAUUUCGACUUGAGUUGAAGACCUUGGAUUGAGUUUGCAUUUGUGGUUCCUUCAUCUAGAAGUCAAUGGUUUGUUUGAAGGUGUUUUGGGUUAAAAGGUUGUAAAUGUGUUCUGUGGUUAACACAAGCUGAAGAGUUUUUCACGUUUUAUUCUAUGGCAUAAAAUACGUUAGAAAGUUCUGGGUCCAUAUUGAGUGGUGCAGGAAGGAAAUGAGUCCUAAAAACCUUGGAUUGAGUUUGUAUAUCUGAUUCCUUCGUCUGGAAGUCAAUGGUUUGUUUGAAUGUGUUCUGUGGUAAACACAAGCUGAAGAGUUUUUCAUGUUUUAUUCUACGACAUACAAUACGUUGACAAAUACAGAAAAAUAACUUAGUGGGAUUAUUUUCGACUGAUAUUGCAGUCGCGGUAUGAUUCACGAUAUUAGGAGGAUUGACCAUCAUCAUCACUUUGGAUAAAAGCGUCUAACAAGUGACAUAAAAAGUCUGUAGAAUACAAUUAUUACGCCGGGAUAUCUCUGCAGCUUCACAGUCAUUCAUUCAAAAUUGUAUUUUAAGCCAUAUUUAGCCUUUGACAAAUAUCGUGCUUCCCUAAUUUCCAUAAAAGUCUAAGAAUCAUAAACGUUUGUUUGCCACAGAGCUUAUUUUCCCCAAUAAUCCUAAAUCCAUUGGCUUUUUGUGAAGGGAGUCCCUUUGCAAAGCCUUCAGGGUCGCACUACAGAAAUACGUCAUCCCUGCACGACUCUCUCCUGCUGAGAAGUUUGUCGAUGGACGCGUUGACGCAUCAGGCUGUCAAUUCCUGAUCUCCUAAAACACUGUUGGACACGUUUGAGUUUACUGACGGACAGACUGAAGCCGUCCUUCACUGUUUACAGAGUUUAUAUAUAAAAGAUCUCACAGACAGUAUUAGUUAUUAUCACAUUUAUUUGUUUAGUUCCUUUUUAUUUUUUGACUCACCAGAUUUCUUACUGAAUCUGCACUGUUUCUUUAUCAAACUGUAUUUCACAGAAGCUGAGGGCAGACAUGGAGUAGAAUAAGUCGUGAUCACAAACAAAAGUGGUUUGACGUCUUCCAGAUAAGUGACUUUAUUUUACGCGUCUGUCUUUUCAAUUUAAUUUCCUUGAACAAAAACGAUUAUUUUAGUUAGUCUGGGUUAUUGUGUUGACCUUACAAGCAGCUGUUAACUUUCCCCUAAACAACUGCUGGAUUCAAACACAAAUUAUUCAGUUUUUAUACCUUUUUUCACUGGAAAUGUUACCCUCCGUAUGUAUGGUUAUUGUUAAAGUUGCUAUUUUGUCUUGGAGGAAGGAAAAUCGCUGUAUCAGGACCUCCUUUUUAUUUUACUCACCAGAUUUCUUACUGAAUCUGCACAGUUUUCCCUUUAGAAAAUGUCUUGUUUCUGUUCAGCUGACAUGAUAAUAACUCACUAAAAGUCUUUGUUAAGGCAAUUUUCUUUUUGCAAAAACCUUAAUUAAUUGGUCUUGCAGUGUUUGAACUUCCUUUAAAUAGUGCCAAGAUGCAUUGUUUUUUCUCCGGGGGACAUUUUGACGAAAAUACAGACUCCUAAAAUAUCGUUGUACUCACUUGAAUUGUUGUGUAGGCAUAACAACUCAUCGUCAACAACGUCCACUAUCAGCAGCUGUGAUUUUAUUAUAUUGAAUGUUUAUUUCCUUGUGAGUGAGUCGGUGGGAUGGCUGUUGAUGCUGUGUGUGAAACUCUGCUCUGUUUGCAAUGUGUUACUGUUGUUGUUGUUUUUGUUUUUUUAGCCACAAGAGAAAUGUCACUUUAAUUA